AUGGACUUGGUCAGAGACACUACAUCCCCAUACCCAAUGAUGCUUCCCACAUCGACUCAGUUUGCCAACUAUCUGACGGAGCUUGAGAUACGACCUGACGAUGUUAUUGUCGUCUAUGACACUUUCGAAAUCGGACUCCAUUCCUCCCCGCGAGUUGCGUGGACAUGCCGCCAUUUUGGGCACAAUGCAGUUCACGUACUGGAUAACUUCUCGCGCUAUGUGCAAGAAGGUUUUCCUGUCUCAGCGGGAAACCUGUCGAUACCUUCAAGCUUCGCCCCCCGAGUGGAUUAUCCAGAGCAAAAACCACUAGGCUUGGAUGUGAUUUCCUUCGAAGAAUUGCGUGAUAGUAUCAUGUCUCAUGAUCUCGAGCAGAAAUACCAGAUUAUCGAUGCUAGACCCAGCGAUCGAUUCUCUGGCUCAAAUGACGGUUCGGGCGCCUCUCUGCCAUCGGGCCAUAUGCCGUCCGCCAUCAACGUCCCCUUUUCUUCGAUUUUGGGUUCAGAUAAAACUUUACUGCCACCGACGGAUCUCAAAGCAGUGUUCACAAAAGCUGGUGUGAAGGAGAAUAUUCCGACCGUCCUAACUUGUAAUUCUGGUGUCACUGCUGCGGCGCUUGAUUUGGCGUUGAGCACAAGCGGCCUACAAAUCAAACCCAGGCUUUACGACGGAAGUUGGAGUGAGUGGGCAAAGAGGGCGGGUGAUCAUGGCAUGAUCGUCACUGAUUGA